AUGGCCGCGGACGCGCAGAGCCUGAUGUCCAUGUCCCUGAUGAAGAUCCAGAGCUGCAGGACGCAGCGCGGCGGCAUCACGCUGCACCGGAACCUGCUGCUGUCCUACGUGCUGCGCAACGCGCAGCAGCUCUACAUCAAGGAGCGCUACCAGGAGCUGUACCGGAGGCAGCAGUACGAGGAGGUGAUGACGGUCUGCAACGAGAUCCAGGACCUGGACCCGCUGGACGUGGACGCGGAGGACGCGCACGGAGAGGAGCAGGCGCGAGGCUGCGGCGAGGACACGAGUCCGCGCGAGGCGGCGCGCCCCCGAAACCCGACGCAGUCAGCGGCGCACGUCCGGGCAGCGAGCUCCCUCCUCGGCUGCUCCUCUGUCGAAGACUGCGGCAAAGAACCGGAGCCGGCGGACUUCCGCAGCUGCUGCAUGGAGGCUUCCCCCGGGGCGCACUCCGACCACUUCCCCGGGGACUACAUCCGGCACUGCAACAAGACCACGGUGCUGGACCUGGACACGCAUGUGGUGACCACCGUGGAGAACGGGUUCCUGCACCAGGACUGCUGCUGCGCACCGGCUCCACCGGCUCCACCGGCUCCGGCCCGGAAGAGGAAGGUGGAGUCCGGCUGCUGCGCCUCGGACCCGGAGGAGCUCUGCGACUUCACUGCGGCGCGGAAACGAGCCAAGCGCGAGAACUGCUGCUUCUCAGGCGCGGACUUCACGGACACGUCCAACAUCUCCAACCUCAUCUCCAUCUUCGGCUCGGGCUUCUCCGGGCUGCUCAGCCGCCAGGCGGAGCUGGAGCAGGUCUGUGGCCAGCAGGCCCUGGCCAGUCUGGGAGCGUGGACCCGGGCCAUAGAGGCGUUCUAAACCCAACUCUGAAGACUGACCCGAGACAGACAGAGAGACAGACAGAAAGUGAGGGAGAGACAGACAGACAGAAAGUGAACAACUUUUUCUGGAACUGGUUUUUACAACUUUCAGCAAAUGUUCUGUGGAGAAUUGUUGUUUGAAACGAGGUCACGUGAAUGAAUGAAUGUUCCAGGAUUUCUUCUCUUCUGUUCCUGCGUCAAACCAGAACUUUCCUGGAAGGUUGAUGGAAACAGGAACUUUUCACUUUCUUCAAAAUCCAACAUCUGAGUAAAUCCUCCAGUUUGAAAACAAAAAUUCGUUUAUUAAUAAAACUGAGGUGUAAAGAUGAAUCCAGUUCAAAUGUUCUUUAUUAGGAAUUUUCAACAUUGAAGCUGAAGUGUCGAUCGUAGUGAAGUUUAAAAUGUGUGUCUGGUUCAUCUUCUGAUCUGAAUCUCACCUGGAGUCUCCCUUUGGUUGGAAUCAUGGUGACAAGUGAUUGGUUGGUUUGCGAGUGGUGACAUCAUUCACCCUCUCCUCUGAUUGGUGGAAAUGUACAGCUGCGCCUGGUCUCCCUCAAAUGAGACAAAUAGAUCAACUUUAUUUUUGCAAGAAAAAUAUAAAAACUAUAAAAAAUGUUUAAUGUGGAGGAGAGUUUGUGCCAUAUUGUACCAGACUUCCUGUUUGUUGGACAGGAAGUGGAGUCUGAGACGACCAUUGCCUUAAACCUGAAUCUCGUGUCACAAGUGAACGAACAGAGAUCGUGACUGAAGUAAAACAUCUGACGAAUCAGACGCUGGGAGCACUUUGUGGUCACGUGACGUUCACUUCCUGAACACCUGAGGUCCGGGAUGGACGCCGCCGGCUCGUCUCCGUGAACCAACACUUUGACUUCCUGUGAAUCGUUUCAUGACACAAACACGUUUUGGUUUCAUAUAAAAAACAAGUUGGAUCUUCGUCCUUUUGUUUUAAAAAGGAAAAGAUGCAGUCGUGUGACUCCCUCAGCUUUAUGAGUGUGGACCGGACUCAGACAACUCUCCUCCUCCUCCUCCUCUUCUUCUAUUUUUUUAUGGUAUUUUGUGUGUUUGAUAAAUUGUAGCUCUUCGGGUAAAACUGUUGCAGAAAAUAUUUGUAAAAAUGUAUAAUCUUAAUAAAAAAUGAAAACUUAA